AUGUCGUCUCCGCGUCGGGCCGCCCGCUCGCCGAUUCCCGGCCGGCCUCCGCGUGACGCCGUCUCCGCGCACUCGGCCGCUGCUGUGGCCGGCUCCCGCUCGCCCCGCGCCGACUCCCGCCCCCACCCGUCCGGCGUCCCGCUCAUCGCUUCAGCUUCGCCCGGAGGCUACCCGCGCUGGCCGGCUCGCGCCCGCACCCCGGCCGCCCCCGCGCUCCUCUGCCUCGCUCCGACGGCGCCCCCACUCCGCUGCCGGCCACCCGAGCCUGGCCGGGUCCAGCCCCGCGCCUCUGCUCGCCUUCGCUCCGCCACCCGGCCCCGCCCUGUGGUCGGCUCCGCGCCUCUGCGUGCCUGCGCCGGCUCCUCCACACGCCCGGCCCGGGCCGGCUUCGGGUCGCCAGCGCCGGCGGCCGGCUUCGCCCCGUUCCGCGCCUGCGGUCCGCGCCGCCAGGUGGCCGGCUCCUGCUCGCCGCGCGGCCGGCUCCCCGCGCGUCCUGGCCGACUCCUGCGCGUUCGGCCCCCCUGCGUCGCCCCCGCCUGGCCGUGUCGUCCGCGCUCGCCCGGCUUCGGCCCCGCGCGCUCGCCUCUCCCGCGCCGGGUCCGGCCUCCGCCCUGCCGGCUGCUGGCCUCCCACAUCGGGUCCGGCCCCCACGCCCGCCGGUUUGCCACUCCAGCCGGCGGCCGGCUUCCGCCUGCUCCCCGGCCUGCCGGCUGCUCCACCUGCACCUCACCCUGCCGGCGUGAGAAACGACAAGGGCCGGUUGGAAGGAAAGAAAAGUUCCCCGCUGGAGAACAAAGCAAAGGGCCGAGUGCCUGA